AUGGGUGUUUCAACGGAUAAAGUGUCCAAAGAGGCACCCCAGCAAUCUGAAGUCAAAUCUUCCAGCGAACAACCACCUUCCUAUUCGGCCAACCAGGUCGAGCAGCAGCCGCCAUUAGAACUGCCCCAGCUGGAUCUGAGUUCCCAUCCAUCUUCUUCAACUACCGUAACUCGCGACCAGUGUGUUGCGCAUCUCAAGUUCUUGGCUGUGCUGGCAGAUCUGCGAGAUACCAUCUCUAGUGAUGACGGGAUCUUUGGUAUCCACGAUGCUGAAGCUGAAAAAUUCCCGAAUUCACUGAAUGAAGCGCGGGCUCGUCUUCGCGAAAAGCGCUGGGCUGUCUAUGCAGCGCGUGCAGUCGAUCGAUAUACCAAGUGGUGGUCUAUUGGCCUCCCCCGGUCAAGACCGAUGGCAACUAUUAAUGACUUGGAGUGUAUCGACUAUGAAAGAAUCCUUAAUUGUGAUACGAUAGUUGCAUGGAGCACGGAAAAUCUACCCCCGAUAGAUAUUUUGAUGGUCUGGCAUGCUCAUUCGUUGAAUCCCCGGAACUUCCUUGAGGAUUGCAUUCGAUACGGUAAGAUGAGCACAUGGGCCACAGGAUUUCCAUGGGAAGCGAUAAACAGCUGCAUCAACAACCAAACGAUGGAGUAUACAGUUUCUGAACAAGCCCAGCAGCUGUUCGAGCAGAAAAUGAACUUCAAGUGGAAUAAUCUGCACGACCCGCCGACUACGCAAGUCCACUGCCCCUGCUGCGGACGAGUGAACGCUGUCCAGUGGACAGAAGCUCGCUUUGGGGGACUUGUUGCCAAUGCCUUCAAAUUUAGCAAUGGCUUCGCCGAUUAUUCAUUCGAGACGAAAUGCGUCGGUUGUGACCACAUGAUCGACCAUGGCCGGCUCAAGGUGGCAAAGUUUCGAAAAGACCUGGAAGCAACGAUUUACGAAGGUCUCCCUAUGCCCGGGUCGUUCACCAAUCUUUAUGGAAUCCCCGAGGGGGGCCCAUCUGUCAAACCCAAUCCGCGGGCACUCCGGGACAUGCUAUUCCCCACACGAAUAGUACAGGCUGCCAAAACGGACUUGAUGGCAUUCACUGAUGGCCGAGUGGAUCGGUGUCUGAAUAUUAUCCACUUGAGGCAGCUAUUUGAGUCGAAGUUUCGCGACAGAAAUCUUUUGUGGAAAGCACAUGGUGUCUACCUUAAAGGUAUCAAGUAUGGCGAGAAGAUCCAAUUCCGAAGAAUGAUGUCUCGAUACUGGGAUAACCUCGGUCCCUUCGCGCUAGACCUUGUGGGCGCUGUUAUCAGACAAAGCACCUUCGUGGAGAAAAUGGACCAAAUCGACUGGCUGCACUCACCGACAGUCUUCAACACUAUGGACCGGCUGAUUAAAAAGUACGAGGUGUUCUUCCAGAUUAUGAUUGACAACCCAGAUAAGAUGGCCGUGCCCACACUGGAUGUUGAUCUGGCAUGGCACACCCACCAACUCAGCCCAUCGCGGUACUACAAAUACAGCACGUCAAAGGGAAAAUAUGCUGGUAUUCGUAUGCUCAUCGACCACGACGACAAAGUCGACGAGGGAAAACUCUCGGACGGCUUUGCCUGGACUAGCAAAAUGUACCGCCGUGUCACCGACGGUGAGAUAUACAGCGAAUGUACCUGCUGGUACUGCGAGGCGACAAGAACACCAGACCUGUAUGGCCGGUGGAUCACUGCUCGCUCAGUCUCUCGGGCCCAAGCCGCUGCAGACCUCUUGCACGAUAGCCCCGAUAUCUCGUCCGACCCAAACAAGAACCCACACAUCUCUUCACACAACGCCGUCCGGCCAACAAACAUGUACCAACAGGUCGAGUGGAAUAAAUCUGUGCAACACCUACGCCUACAGAGCAACUACGAGAAGGCUGCCCGGCGUGCUGAGAAGCGCCGUAAACGAUCUGGCUCCAAAGCUUCUAAUCAGCAGGGUGACGCUUAUCCAUACUACAUGCCUUAUGCAUAUGGGUACCCCAUUAUGGUGCCAUACUAUGGACCAUAUAUGAUGGACCCGUCCAUCAACUGUGAUUCAUACGCGUGUAAUCCUGCCUGCAUGAAUGUUACUGUAGGUGCCGCUGGGAAUUGUUGCUCUGGCACGUGUGGUGGUGCCGUAGCCGCAGGUAGCUGCGCAGGAGGCGGUGGUGGUGGAGGAUGUGGCGGAUCCGGUGGCGGCUGCGGAGGAUCUAGUGGUGGCGGCGGUGGUUGCGGAGGAGGAGGAGGUGGAGGAGGAGGAGGCUGUGGUGGAGGCUGCUGA